AUGACCGACGCCGCCCGUUGGAAAGCCACCGUCUACGUCGGUGGACUUGCACCGGUGGCCACGACUGCAAAUCUUCAUGACGCAUUUAUACCGUUUGGGGAGAUUGCCGAUAUAUCCAUGCCCAAGAACGAUGCCCCCAACGCUACGGAACCUCACCGGGGGUUUGCGUACGUUGAAUUUGAGGAUGCCGAAGACGCCAAGGAAGCCAUCGACAACAUGGAUCAGUCAGAAUUCUUCGGCCGGAUAUUGAAAGUUUCGGCCGCCAAGGCGCCCAAGAGUGCAGAAGAAGGUUUGGGAAGCAAAACCGCAGUCUGGGAACAGGAGGGGUGGCUUGCCAAACAUGCUGUCAGUGAGGAAGACCGCUUGGCAGCUUCCGGAGCCGACAGGGGAGCUCAAGAUGAGAGACCAGAUGAUCCCAUGCAAGGUCUCGAGGGAUUGGAUGUGGCGGGUCCUAAACCUGAAUGA